AAUACUCGCCUAUAUAUACCACUGCACCACUUGUCAGGGUCAGCUGUGACGGAGAACUAUAGAAAAUGGCUGGACUGAGACUAUAUACACAGGUGGUGCUGGUGUCUGCGAUGCUGAUGGUGUCGGCCUUAAUGCUGGCACAGCCUGCAGACGCCGCUGCUGUGGGCGCAGCCCAUGCUAAGGCGUUGCCGCCGUCUGUGGUGGAUGAGGAUGCCCUAAUUGACAUCGAUUUGUCGGGCGCCGUGGACGGCUUAAGUGGCCUCACUCACCAUCUUCUCGGUACGGGCAUCGUCGGCGUGAACACGCGCAAUGGGAAAGCUCCGGCAGGUCGCUCCCCUCACAGUUCUAUCAACAAGCGUCACUCCUAAUCGAAGAAAUGACAUUAGCAUUUUUGCACGCCAGCCAGCGUGUGUAACAAGGUUAUGAAUAAA